UCGACCUCGCCAUCAACCUAGCUGUACCCCAAUCACUCAACAUAGAUCCAAAACCCACAAGACAAACCACAAUGGAAUCCCUCGUCGCCUCCCUAAACUCCCGCCCGCCUCACCUCCUGCACGACAACGCUGAGGAGAACGAAUAUGAAGGGGACGCUUCGUUGGCCCAGUGGGGUAGUUCAGGAGGAUUCGGGAACUUGAUGGGAAAUGGGGUUGUUAGGGGGAUGGAGAUGCCUAGGGUACCUGAUCCCACAGCCUUCCUAUCCCACCACACAGACUCCAUCUCAUCCAACUCGCAAGCCAAGAUAAAGCUCGCACACGGUACCACUACGUUGGCGUUCAGGUUUAGAGGAGGGAUUAUCGUCAGUGUGGAUUCUAGGGCUAGUGCGGGGAGUUAUAUUGCAUCGGGAACCGUAAAGAAGGUCAUCGAGAUCAACAAGUACCUCUUGGGGACUAUGGCGGGUGGGGCGGCGGAUUGUCAAUAUUGGGAGACCUACCUAGGAAUGCAAUGCCGCAUGCACGAACUGAGGAACAAGGAGAGGAUCUCGGUCGCUGCUGCUAGCAAGAUCUUGGCGAACAUCGUUUACGAGUACAAGGGGCGGGGGUUGAGUAUGGGCACGAUGAUCUGUGGUUGGGACAAGACCGGCCCGGCGUUAUUCUACGUCGACUCGGAUGGGACCCGGUUGAAGGGAGACAUCUUCUCGGUCGGUUCGGGUAGUACUUUCGCUUAUGGUGUUUUGGACCAGGGCUACCACUGGGACCUGACCGACGAAGAAGCUCAGGAACUCGGUCGACGUUCGAUCGUCGCCGCCGGACAUCGGGACGGGUACUCGGGUAACACGAACAACCUAUACCACGUCAGGGAGAACGGGUGGGAGUUCUUGGGCAACCUGGAUAUCAGCGAUCUGUGGUACAAAUACGAGGAGGAGAAGAAGACUGCGAGGAAGGAAAAGUCGGAAGCGGCGGGUACGGGCGGGGUGGAGAGUAUGCAGGUCGAGUAGGGUCGAGAGGUGGUUGGGAUGGGAGAUGUGUAAUAUUCUUUUCCGAGACGAUAUCAUGAAUCAUUUACGUUGUUCUG